CCGGCGCGGCCGCGCGGGGCUCGCGGCGGCGCCCCGGGGCCUCGAGGACCCGGCCGACGGCGGCGACGCCGCGCGCGACCAGCGCGGCGCGGCGCUCGCGGGCCUCCGCGACGCGCUCGCGGGCCGCGCCGCGCCCGCGCUCCGGCGCUGGCUCCCGGGCCUCCUCGCCGCGGGCGACCGCCUCGGCCUCCGGCGGGCCUGCGCGGUCCACGCGCACGCGCUCCUCGUCGCCGCGGCCGUCGCGGACGCGGGCGGCGGCGACGCGCGCGGCGACGUCGUCGCGCUCCUCGGCGCGCAGUGCUUCCUCGGCGCCUACGACGACCGCGCCGACCGCGACGACGUCGCGGACGACGGCGACCCCGCGGCCGCCGCGCGGCGGGGCGAGGGCCCGCUCGGCGUCGACGACGGCGAGCUCGCCGGCGUCUGGCAGCGCCAGCGGCUCCGGGUCCUCGGCUGGCUCCGCGCGGGCCUCGGCGCCGGCGGCCCGGCGCACGGCGCGCUCGAGGCCGUCGUCGACGUCGUCGCCGCGGCCGCGCGCGGCCGCGGCGCCGCGGCGCCGGGCCGCGCGGCGCGCGCGUGGGCCGAGCUCGACGGGUUCCCGGGCCGCUUCUCCCCCGCGGAGGAGGCCGGCGACGACCGCGGCGACGGCGACGGCGACGCCGCCGCCGCCGCCGCCGCCGCCGCGCCGCCGCCGGGCGGCGGCGACGGCGACGACUACGGGGCCCACCUCCGCGCGGCGCUCGACCGGCGCGGCCGCCGCGCCGAGGUCGUCGACGUGCAGCUCGGCGAGUUCUCGCUGCGCCAGCGGCGCCUCGAGGCGCUGCCGCGCGACGUCCGCGACGACGCCGACGCCGCCGCGGCGCUCGGCGGCGGCGUCGGCGUCGACGCCAUGCUCUCGGCGCUGUCGAGCUGCGGCGCCGACCGGCGCGGCGACGCGGCCGCGGCGCGCGUCGGCCUCUCGCUCGCGGCGCUCGAGGCCGGCUGCGACCGCUUCCUCGGCGCCGACGACUGGCCCUGGGCCCUCGCCGAGGAGCUCCCGCUCGCCGUCGCGGCGCGGCGGACCGACGCGUGGCUCGACGACGACGCCUGCGAAACCGCGCUCGACGCGGCGCUCGACGCGCGGCGGCCGCGCGGCGGCCUCGGCUUCCCGGCCGACGCCGUCGACGCGCCGGCGCGGCGCGCGGUCGCGAACCUCCGGGCCGGCCGCCGCGGCGAGCCCUGGGAGCCGCUGCCGGCCGCCGGGGACGCCGGCGCGCCGCUCGAGGACCCCUGGGCGCCGCUCGCGUGGCCCGAGGACCGCGCGCGGCGCGCGCGCGCGGCCGGCGGCGGCGCGCCCUACGCGCGCGCGGCCGGCUUCGCCGGCGGCGACGGCCUCGGGCCGAGCCUCGGGCUCGCGGGCGGCCGCGCCGUCGCCUGGCUCCGCGCGCACGCGGGCUUCCGCGGCGCGGGCGACGCGCCCGGCGCGUGGACGGCGCGGCGGCUGCUCGCCGUGCCCUUCGUGGGCAAGGACCGCCCGAGCGACGCGUCGGAGUUCAGCCACCCGGACGUGCUCAUCGGGCUCACGAUCCUCGCGGUGCGCCACGAGGGCCUCCGCGACUCGGACGCGCUCUGGGUCCUCGGCGACCUCCAGCGCCGCUUCCGCGCCGAGGCCGGCCCGGCCGCGCGCCGGCCCGCGGCGCGCGCCUACGCGCGCUACGUCGAGGGCGCCGGCGGCGCCGUCCGGGGCGCGCGCGCCGGCGGCGGCGGCGUCUGGCCCGUCGACGCGCUCGACCUCGGCGACGGCGCGAUGGUCGGCCCCGCGGUCGCGCUGCUGCGGCGGUCCGUCGCGUGCGGCCGCGACUACCUCUGGCGGCGCUGCUUCCCCGAGACGCUGACGAUCCGGCCCUCGAAGCUCGCGGCGAGCGGCCAGGAGCUCGGCGGCGCCGCGAUCUUCGGCGCGCGCGUCGGCUUCUCGGGCACGCCGAACGACCUCGUGCCCGCGGAGCUCGGGCCCUGCGCGUUCGAGGCCGCGACGGACGGCCGCGUCGCGCGCGUGCUCGGCGACGCGCGCGUCGUCGCGCGCGUCGCGCUCGAGGCGGGCUGGACGCCCGCGUCGCUCCUCGGCCGCGUCGCGCGCGAGGCGCGCGCGCCGUACCGCGCGCUCGUCGACGCGGGCGCGCUCGUCACGGGGCUGUCGAACCGCGAGGCCGCGGCCGCGCUCCUCGCGGGCGGCCUCGGCCACUGCGACGGCGUGCUCUACUUCGACGAGGAGGACCGGCCCCGCGUCGCGCGGCGCGGCGGCGACGACGCGGCCGCCGCGUCGCCCGUCGCGGCCGCGCGGCGGUUCACGUUCUACGACCACGCGCACUGCACGGGCCUCGACGUCGCGCAGGCCGCGGACUGCCGCGGCGCGCUCACGCUGUCCAAGGACUCGACGUACCGCGACCUCGCGCAGGCCGCGUUCCGCCUCCGGCGCCUCGGCGCGGGGCAGACGCUCGCGCUGCUCGUGUCGCCGGAGCUCGCGGGCUGCCUCGCGGAGGCGCGCGCCGCGCCGCGCGCCGCCGUCGCGGCCGCGCUCGGCGACGACGCCGCCUGGCCCGCGCUGCUCCGCGAGCUCCUCGCCUGGCUCGCGGCGAACGGCCUCCGGCGCGAGCGCGUCAACUUCUUCCUCCUCGCGGAGCAGUCCGUCGCGAACGUCGCGCACCGCGAGCUCCUGGGCCGCCACCGCGACGUCGGCGACGCGCGCGCGGGCUCCGGCGCCGCGUGGCUCCGCGCGCGCGUCGCGUUCGACGUCGAGAACGCGGUGCCCGCGCCGCGGCCCUGCAGCGAGCGCAUCGCCCAGCUCGUCGAGGAGCACGCGGACCUCAUGACGGACGCGCCGGACUUUGGGGCCGCGCAGGCCGCGCUCGCGGCCGUCUCCGCGGCCGAGGCGGCGGCGCGCGCGCCGCGCGCCGGCGGCGCCGCGGCCGCGUUCGAGGGCCUCCAGGAGCAAGAGGCCGAGGAGGAGGCCGAGGAGGAGCAGGCCCAGGAGCGCGAGCAGGAGCGGCGCGUGCCCACGGGCGUGCGAGUUCGUGGCGCGCGGGCGGACUAA